AUGCCCGGCGCAGUCAUCUUGGCAGUGUCAAUGGCGGGGUAUAUGGCCGGUGCCCAAGCGGUCAACUUCGAAGUAGGCGAAAUCGAGGGGCGACUUGACUCCGCACUUUCCAUUGGCACCAGUUUGGCCAUGCGUUCCCCAGACCCGGACUUUAUUGGCGUGAGAAACGGGGGGCGAGGUGAGUCGCAAACCACCGACGAUGGGCGAUUGAACUUCAAAAAGCAUGAGACCUUCUCGAAAAUUUUCAAAGGCAGCCACGACCUAGAAUUGAAAUACGGCGAAUCGGGCGUAUUUAUGCGAGGCAAGUACUGGUACGACUUCGAACUCAAAGACGAACACCAAAAUCUUUACGACAUUCAGGACAACGGCCGUAAACGCGGCGCGCAAUCCUCUGGUGUCGAUCUGCUCGAUGCGUUUUUCUAUCACAACUAUGAGCUGGCUGACCUUCCCGGCUCAUUCCGCGUCGGCAAGCAAGUCGUCAGUUGGGGAGGCAGCACAUUUAUCGGUGGUGGCAUCAACAUCAUUAACCCACUGGAUGCCAACGCGCUGCGUCGCCCAGGUUCGGAGCUCAAGGAAGGCUUACUGCCGGUAAACAUGCUGUACAUGCAGCAAACCCUCACAGACACCGUGAGCAUGGAGGGUUUCUACCAGCUGGAGUGGGACCAGUCGGUGGCGGAUAACUGCGGUACCUUCUUCGCCGGUUCUGAUCUUGCUGCCGAUGGCUGCGAGGACCGCUACGUGCUGCGGGGCGCCGACCAAGCACCUGGAGAGUCGGAUAACUCCGGUAUCAAUGGCAACACCAUCUAUCUACCCCGUGGUGGCGAUCGGGAUGCCCGCGAUAGCGGUCAGUUUGGUCUGGCGCUGCGCUGGUUGAUACCUGAGUUGAAUGACACAGAGUUCAGCGCUUAUUACUUGAACUAUCACAGCCGCACCCCUGUGAGCAGCUCGACCAUGGUAACUGCCAAUCCCUUUACUAGCGUGGCGUUUGGCGCGCGUACGGGCAACUACUUCCUCGAAUACCCGGAAGACAUUCGCCUUUACGGUAUGAGUUUUAAUACCAAUAUAGGCAGCGCCUCUGUGGAAGGUGAGCUGAGCUAUCGACCGAACAUGCCCUUGGCGUAUGACGACCUGAUCUACGCCACCCUGCGUCUUGAUCCUGUAGUGCCGAGCGUGAUUCCCAACUCAGGAAUUCCCGGCGACACCACUCAUGGCUAUAAGCGCAUACCCAUGACCCAGGCGCAGAUCAGUAUCACCCAGACCUUCGACCAGAUUCUCGGUGCGAGCCGCCUGACUGUGAUCGGUGAAACCGGCUUCAACCACCUUUCCGGUAUUUCCGAAGGUAAGGCAAGCCAGCCACGGUAUGGCCGCUCCAGCCCUUACGGUACCGGAGAGUACUACGGUAACAAUGGCGAAGACCUGUGCCGUACUUUGCUUAGCGCUCGCCCCGAGUACUGCAACAGCCAUGGCUUUUUCACACGCAACUCAUGGGGUUAUCGUCUGCGAGGGAGCUUGGCAUACAACGGUGUGAUCGGUGGUCUGGACCUUUCGCCCAACUUGGCGUUCAACCACGAUGUUGACGGCUACGGGCCGAACUUCAACGAAGGCAGCAAGGCCAUCAGCAUUGGCGUAAACGCCAAGUACCUAAGUAACUACGAAGCCAGCUUAAGUUACACCGACUACUUCGGCGGCGACUACAACACGCUCGUCGACAGAGAUUUUUUGAGCGCCAGCAUUGGCGUCACGUUC